AUGCCAGGCCCUGCACCCGCUGACACUCAGGUACGGGGGCCCAACUGGACACAUGCAGAGACCUCUAACCUCAUUGCCAUCUGGGGGGACAUUGAGGCCCAGCAGCAGUUUGCCCAUUCUACCAGGGCCAAUGCCCAUGUGUUCAAGGAGAUGGCCCGCCGGAUGCAAGAGUGCGGUCACCAGCGGACUAGCCAGCAGUGCCGGGUGAAAGCCAAGGCCCUGAGGGCACAAUAUAUCCGCUUCUGGGACAAUAAUAAGCAGUCAAGGGCCACCCCCAGGACCAUGCCCUUUCUCCAUGAGCUUGAGAAGAUCCUGGCCCCCACAGACCCUGGUGAGCCCCACCAGGUGUUUAGCAGUUGUGGUCUAGAGAAGCCCAUGACUCAGGAGGACUCUCUGGGAGAGGGCACCUCGGGGCUUUCACACCAGGUCCCGGUGCACUCCUUGCUCUCAGAUUCACCCACCAGUUCAGGCAGCCCAGGCCACCAUCUACCCUGGCUAUUCUGGAGGUGGCCCAGUGAGGAUGACAGGGGAGGGAUGUCCCCUGCAGAUGCUAGCUCCAGUUCAUCACAGGAGGGAGCUACUACCCGGCUGGCCAUCUGCCAUGCCUCACUACCCUGGGAAGCAUCAGCCUUCCAGACCUCAUCUCUGUGGCCAGGAACAACGUCCAACCAUGGGAAGCAUCUUCCAUACCCACCCGACCCAGCUGCUGGACAUGGGGGAGAACCACCUGGGAAUCACAGAAAUGGGACCCCAAAGACACCUGAAGCCACUGCAAGUGCACACAACAUGCGCCGGCUCCGUCAGUGCAAGAGCCAGGAUUGGACAGAUCUCCUCAACCGGCUGGUCACUGUGUCUGAGGAGCAGCUUGAGGAGAGUCGGACCUGGCACCGCUGCUGGCUGCACGAGUUCCAUGAGAUGUGUCAGGCUAUGGAGCAAUCAGACUGCGAAGACCGUGAGGCAUGGCGGGUGGAAAGCGAGGUACUCCAUGCCCUCCUUCAGAGGCUGGUGGAGGCCCAGGAGGACCAGCGUGAUGUGGUGUAA